AUGGCGGGCGUGACGGAGCCCGGCGAUGCGUCGGCGCAGGACCUCGGCGAGCGCGGCGAGAGGGGGUACAGGCGCCGCAAGCUCGCCGCAAUGGCCGGCAACAUAUACCGCAGCGGGCAGGCCGCCGUCAGCGAGAUACGUGAGUCGUACGUGCAGGCGAGAGCAAGAGGCAUGGACGACCCCGGCCAGGAGAGCACGCAUAUUCCGGGCGCCUUCCCCGACGUGGCUAUAACGUCGCACGGCGACGAGCAGAUGGUGCUGUUUCCGUCGUACGGGAAGCACCAUGUCAAGCGGGACUGGAGCAGGAUGCAGCAGACAAACGUCGAGGCGGCGCCCCAGCCUGGCAAUAGGGAAGACGAAUGGUGGCGACAAGAUUGGGAGAGGAGCGAGGACGAAAAGGCCGUCGUCGACGUCGACGUCCGGGGAUGGAUCUACAACCCUCACACCGGGCCCAUGACCAGGAGGAACCGCAUCUUGAUCGGUCUCGCGCGCCAGUUGAGUGGCAUAUCGGCACCCAAGGCGGACCAAAACUCCACUCCAGCUACUGGCACGGGGCUGCAGCAGCAGCAGCAACAGCAACAGCAACAACAGCAGCCAUCACCGCUACUUAGCCAUCACCAGAUGCACGAGCAGCAGCGCGAGCAGGAGCGUAUCGCACAGGAAGCCGCCGCCAUCGAGCGCAAGGGCCAGGAAGAGAAGCGCGUCGCCUACGCGGGCGGCUAUAGCGAGGCACCGCAAGGGACCUCGGCUCAGCCUGGCGCCGACACCUUGCGUCCCUACCGGCCUCGCCGUCGCGGCAGCCAGACUCCCGAGUCGGCGCCGGGGAGCCCCAACCUCGGGCCGCGCCAGGCGUCGUCGAGCGUCUACGAGAUGAGCGAGGCGGAGCUGGUCCUCGCGAAUGCCAACCUCAUGGCCCGCGUCGCCCCCUUCAUGACCAACCCUCUCGUUGCGCAGCCCAUCACCAUUUUCUUCUACAACGAAACCCAGUCCCAGUCGCGAACGGUCCUUACGAAUGACGCCGGCCACUUCAUGGUUCGCGCCCCCCUCGACUUUGUCCCCACCGAGGUGCGCGUGCUUGCCAACGAGCGGCUCUCGGCGACGCAGGAAAUCAAAAUCAUCGAGCCCCGGGGCGUGAGCCUCAUCAGUGACGUCGACGACACCAUCAAGCACUCCAACAUCUCGGCUGGCGCGCGCGAGAUCUUCCGUAACACAUUUGUGCGCGACCUCAACGACCUCACCGUCGACGGCGUUAAGGAAUGGUAUACGCGAAUGCACGACCUCGGCGUCAGCAUCCACUACUGCUCCAACAGUCCCUGGCAGCUGUUUCCCGUACUGGCGAGCUUCUUCAAGCUCGGUGGGCUACCCCCGGGAUCGCUGCACCUGAAGCAGUACUCGGGCAUGCUGCAGGGCAUUUUCGAACCCGUCGCAGAACGCAAGAAGUCGACAUUGACCCGACUCAUGCGUGACUUUCCGCGCCGCAAGUUUCUACUCGUCGGCGACAGCGGCGAGGCGGACCUGGAGGUGUACACUGACCUAGCAAUGGCAAACCCGGGUCGCAUCCUAGCCGUCUUCAUCAGGGAUGUGACUACGCCAGAGCGGACGGGAUACUUUGACUCGACGUUCGAGACGGCACGCCGCAAGACAUCGAGCAUGACGCUAGACGACGGCAGGCCAUCGUCAAACGGGAGUACGGUUCGGCAGAACUCGGCUCCCGUGACUCCCAUCGAGGGUGGUGGUAAGACAUCCACGGGGCCUAUGAUGGGCACCUUGAUCGACUUCUCCGACGAGCCAGAGCAGGCCAAGCUGGAUGAGGCGGCAGCCCUCGCGCAGGUGAAGAAGGCCAACGCCGUGAAAGCUCUCAGUGCCACAGACCUGCUCUCGGGCAAGAAGGCUGCGCCGCCGCCGCCCGCGAAACCGGCCGCGCUGCGUGCGCGGCGAUCAAACGCAGACAUGCGCGAGGGUCCAGGGCUGGGCUUGAUAGACAAACCGCCUCCGCCACCGCCUCGGAAGGCAGGGGCAGGGGUUCAUCCGCUCUCGCAGAUGCAAAAGUCAUCCCAACAGUCGGUCAGCAGCCGGAGCAGCACCCCGAGAGCACGACCACUGCCGUCCCAGAAAGACCAGGCAGCCGAACCCCCUCCACCGCCUCUGCCGCGUCGCCGUGGGCCCCCCUCGCUCAAGAGCAUGAGCCCGCGACUCUUUGGUCACGCGCGGUCCAACUCGGACGUGGACUUUGACCCCCUGCCGCCGUCAUCGGCGGCGCCUUACGCCAUGUCGUCGUCAUCAUCUUCGCUGGGUCCCGGCGCCUACGGCCGCUCCGGGGCGCGCUCGGGCGGGACAAACACCCCCGCGGGAGGCGGCUCGCCGACCCUGGGCCCCGUCAACAAGAAGCUGGAGCUGUGGCGCCGGCGGCUGGCCAGGGCGCACGAGGUGCUGGACGCGCAGGGCGUGAGGCUGUAUACCUGGCGAAGGGGCCAGGACGUGGAGGCCGAGGCGGUGGGCAUCGUGAGGCAGGCGCUUGAGGAGAUGGCUCGCGAGGAGCGCCGGCGGCGGGGGAGGUGA